CAGUGUCUUGGUAAAUCAUUGGCAUAAAUUUACAGCUCAGCUCAGAGUUAGUCUUGAGCGAACAGCGAUCGAAGCAAUACGUUGAAAGAUGGUGCCGUUGCGGAUUUGUACAGUGUUCAUAGUGCUCGUUUGUGCCACAACAGCGGUGCACGGUGCAAUUCAUCAGGUGAAACAGUUGGGGAGCAAAUACAAGAUCGAAAAGGUGACGGACAGCACACUAUCGAUCGCAUUGGCAAGCAUCAGUUCAAACGCAUGGAACGUAAAGGAGCUGGAUUUGAGUGGCAAUGUUUUGUCCCAGAUAAAUGUAGCAGAUUUGCAACAGUUCGCGCAACUGGAGCUUCUGAAUCUGUCUUCAAAUGUGUUUUACGAAACAUUGGAUCUACAGAUGCUUCCAAAUUUGAAAACGGUCGAUUUGAACAAUAACUUUGUGAAGGAAGUGUUUGUUGCAUCGUCCAUUGAGACGUUGCACGCAGCGAACAAUAAUAUCUCGAGGGUAAGGUGUUUCGAUGUCUACCGCGGUACACAAAGUGUUAAAAGUAAGAAAAUCUAUCUGGCUAACAACAAGAUCGGUUCACUGCUUGAUCUGGACGAUGCUUGCCGUAAGAAUGUUGCGUACUUAGAUCUCCAGCUGAACGAGAUAGAUGUGGUAGAUUUCGCGGAGUUGGCCGACUCGGCCUAUACGCUAAAGUACCUAUAUUUGGAGUUCAAUUUUAUUUUCGAUGUUAAGAAUACAAGAAACGUUGUCUUUUCAAAUUUAGAUACGUUAGACUUAUCUUCGAACAAGCUUGCAUUUAUGGGACCAGAGUUUAUGGCGGCCGUCAAUGCAAGAUCGAUCAAUUUAAGCAACAACAAGCUCGUUCUGAUCGAGAAAACUCUAAAGUUUUCCAAUUCUAUCGCUAGUUUCGAUCUACGUGGUAAUGGUUUCCAUUGUGACACACUAAAGACCUUUUUCAAGAACAACUCACACCUGAAAACAGUCGCAACGGCGACGGUUCGUGCUGCUACGGGACGGAAUAUUGAAACAUGUACGCACACAACUCACCACAGCGGUCCGUUCUGCUGUGAGGAUCUUACAGCACCGUUUGCUGAUCGGCUGAUUGAGCUAAAGCGUAAGGAACACGGUUUAUUCUCCGGCCAACCGUCGGAAAAGGAGCGUGCCGAAUGUGAGCAAGAAAAUAAAUCCCGUCAAAAGAAGGUGGAAUCGAUUCGGAACCAGUUCGGUACACAUAUUGAUGCGGAAACGCGUAGAAACCGGGAAAAGAUUCAGCUAGCUCAAAGAAAGAAAGCACUCGAGGAGCAUCUACCGAUCGUCCAGGAUUCGUAUGAUCAGUUGAAAGGUGAGCUGGUCCAGACGGCCGGUGGGCUUAACGUUACAGAUAACCCGAAUUUGUUGGAAUUGUUACACAUCAUCGUACAGAAGUACGAAGAUCUGUACGUCGAAGAACAGAACGAGCAAAGACGCGCCAUUCGGGAUAUUGAAAUGUAUCACCAGCAGGAAACACAGCUGUUGGAGGAAAAUGCGCGUCUAAAGAAGCUUAACGGGGAGGCUGAUGAGGCGCUGCAAAAAGUAAACGCUACACUGCAGAAUUUAAUCAGCAAGGAGGAAUUGCUGACCAAGAAACUGACCAAUUUGAGUGCAGCUCCUCAAAAUGUAUAGCAGGCAAUGUUCGUAAUGAGUGAUGUUACAUUCCAAUAGUUUUGUGAUUGGUAUAUGAAGUUCAAAUAAAGCAAAAAUUGAUGCUAGAAACUAAGCACGGGAAACUUA